AUUACAUAAUGUUUCACAGAUGCCGGCGACGCAACAACAACAACAACAACAUCUCAAGGGCAAUAACCACUAGAGGUCUGGGAUUAGGCUGGCUGUGGUUACUGCUGCUACUGCUUCUGGGCGUCGAAGCAGAAGCAUCCGGUGGCAAUGAUAGGGAGCGGGAGAGGAAGUUAGAAGUGUCGGAAGGCGUGCCUGUGGGUCACCAAAUUGGCUUUAUUGGCGAUUUCGAUAGCGUGGACAGCGGACCGCCGUACAUAAUAGUGGCAGAGAACGGUGUGGAUACGGAUUUGGCCAUAGAUCGCAUCACCGGCGAAAUACGCACCAAAGUCAAGCUAGAUCGGGAGACGCGGGCCUCCUACAGUCUGGUGGCCAUACCGUUGAGUGGCAUGAAUGUGCGCGUUGUCGUAACGGUGAAAGAUGAGAACGAUAAUGCACCGACAUUUCCACAAUCCGUGAUGCAUAUCGAGUUUCCGGAGAAUACGCCACGUGAUGUGAAACGCACGCUAUUGCCUGCGCGCGAUCUUGAUCUCGAGCCCUUCAACACCCAGCGCUAUAACAUUGUGUCCGGCAAUGUGAACGACGCCUUCAAGUUGUCCUCGCACAGGGAACGCGAUGGCGUCCUAUAUUUGGAUCUACAGAUCAGUGGCUUCCUCGAUCGCGAGACGACACCAGCCUACAAUCUGCUGAUCGAAGCUCUGGACGGUGGUACGCCGCCACUGCGCGGUCUGAUGACCGUAAACAUCACCAUACAGGAUGUGAAUGACAAUCAGCCCAUAUUUAAUCAGAGUCGGUACUUUGCCACUGUGCCGGAGAAUGCGACUGUGGGCACAAAUGUGCUGCAGGUCUAUGCCUCCGAUACGGAUGCGGAUGAGAACGGACUCGUAGAAUACGCCAUUAAUCGCCGACAGAGCGACAAGGAGCAAAUGUUUCGCAUUGAUGCACAAACCGGUGUCGUCUAUAUUAACAAGCAGCUAGACUUUGAAACGAAGGAGCUGCACGAACUGGUUGUUGUGGCCAAAGAUCACGGCGAACAACCACUGGAGACCACAGCCUUUGUGUCCAUACGUGUGACUGAUGUGAAUGACAAUCAACCGACGAUCAAUGUCAUAUUCCUGAGCGACGAUGCCUCGCCAAAGAUUUCAGAGUCGGCACAGCCCGGAGAGUUUGUGGCACGCAUUUCCGUGCACGAUCCGGACUCCAAGACGGAAUAUGCCAAUGUGAAUGUCUCCCUGAAUGGUGGCGAUGGUCACUUUGCCUUGACCACUCGCGACAAUAGCAUCUAUUUGGUAAUUGUUAAUCUGCCACUUGAUCGCGAGUCCACACCCAACUACACGCUGAGUGUGGUGGCCACGGAUAAGGGCACCCCGCCACUACAUGCCAGCAAGACGAUCUUUUUGCGCGUCACCGACGUCAACGACAAUGCGCCCGAGUUCGAGCACGAGGUCUAUCAUGCCAAUGUUAUGGAGGUGGCCGAUCCAGGCACCUCAGUGCUGCAGGUGAUCGCACGCGAUCGUGACGAGGGCAGUAAUUCGGCAUUGAACUAUGCCCUGGCCGAUACACCCGAAACGCAUGCCCAAUGGUUCCAAAUCGAUGCACACACGGGUCUGAUCACCACGCGAUCGCACAUCGAUUGUGAAACGGAGCCGGUGCCACAGCUGACUGUCAUUGCCACAGAUCGUGGCCAUCCGCCGCUUUCCUCAACCGCCACUGUGCUGGUUACCAUACACGAUGUCAACGAUAACGAACCGAUCUUCGAUCAGAGCUUCUACAAUGUCUCUGUGGCGGAAAACGAGCCCAUGGGCAGAUGUAUACUCAAGGUAUCGGCCAGCGAUCCGGACUGCGGCGUCAACGCCAUGGUCAACUAUACGCUGGGCGAGGGCUUCAAACAUCUCACCGAGUUUGAGGUGCGCUCCGCCUCGGGGGAAAUUUGCAUUGCCGGCCCUUUGGACUACGAGAAGCGUAGCAGCUAUGAGUUUCCGGUGCUGGCCACCGACCGUGGCGGCCUUAGCACUACGGCGAUGAUCAAAAUACAGCUGACGGAUGUGAAUGACAAUCGGCCGGUGUUCUAUCCACGGGAAUACAAUGUAUCCCUGCGUGAAUCGGCGAGUGCCCAAGCCUCGGCCACGCCCAUUGUCUCGGUGGUGGCUACCGAUCCGGAUGCUGGACGCUUCGGUCUCGUUUCCUAUCGCAUUGUGGCGGGCAAUGAGGCUGGCAUUUUUCGCAUUGAUCGCGCAAGUGGCGAAAUAUUUAUUAAUCGCCCGAACAUGCUCUCCGUGCGCACACAGCCCAUCCACAUGCUGAACAUAUCGGCCACCGAUGGCGGAGGUCUGAGGAGCAGCAGCGAUGCGAUAGUCUUUCUGAGCAUCAUCGAUGCCACGCAGAGGCCGCCGAUAUUCGAGAAGUCGCGCUACAACUAUUAUGUGAAGGAGGAUGUGCCGCGGGGCACGGUGGUGGGCACGGUUAUAGCCACAAGCAGCGAUACAGCCACUCGCAGUCCCGUGCGCUAUUCCAUCUACUCCGGCGAUCCCGAUGGCUACUUCAGCAUUGAGGGCAGCUCGGGAAGUAUACGUGUCGCCCAGGCACUGGAUCAUGAAGCCAAGUCGCAGGUGCUGCUCAACAUACAGGCCACCAGUGGCGAACCGCCCGUUUAUGGCCACACACAGGUCAACAUCGAGGUAGAGGAUGUGAACGACAAUCCACCCGAGUUCGAGGCGCUGUUUGUGCGCAUUUCGGUGCCCGAGAAUCAAGAGCUUGGCACGCCGCUCUAUGCGGCACAUGCCCAGGACAAGGAUUCGGGUCGCAGCGGCGAGGUGACCUACAGUCUGAUCAUGUCAGCAGCGCGACUGCUCUUCGCUAUCGAUGCACGCUCGGGCCACCUUGUGCUAUCACGACAUCUGGACUACGAGACGCAGCAGCGUCACUCGUUAAUUGUAACGGCCACCGAUGCUGGCAUGCCGCCGCUCUCGGCCAAUCUAACCAUUCAUGUCGAUGUGCAGGACGUCAACGACAAUCCGCCAAUAUUCGAGCACGAUGAGUACACGGUGGAUGUGCUCGAAUCGCUGCUGGUCAAUGCUCAGUUCAUUCAGGUGAAUGCCGUUGACUUGGACACGGGCAACAAUGCACGCAUCACGUAUCGGAUUGUGGACGCGGGUGCCGACAAUGUCACGAAAGCGACCAGCCUGGAUUCGGAUGUAGCUCAACAUUUCGGCAUAUUUCCCAACAGCGGCUGGAUAUAUUUGCGCUCCACAUUGGAUCGCGAGACGCGCAAUCGUUACGAGCUGACCGUGCUGGCCACCGACAAUGGAACACCACCGGCGCACGCGCAGACGCGGGUUCUAAUCAAUGUCCUCGAUGUCAAUGACAAUGAUCCGCGUUUCGAGCGCACCGCAUAUGAGUUUCACAUCGAGGAGAAUCUGAGACGAGGUGCUGUCGUGGGGCUGGUGCGUGCCAGUGAUGUGGAUCUGGGCGAGAAUGCAACCAUACGCUACAGUCUAAUGCCGAGCAACUCCAGCUUUCAAGUGCAUACGGUUACAGGCGAGAUAAGCACACGCGAGCCUCUGGAUCGCGAAUUGCGUGCUCUCUACGAUUUAUUGGUGGAGGCACGGGAUCAGGGCACGCCCUCACGCAGCGCCCGCGUCCCCAUCAAAGUGCAUGUGACGGAUGUGAAUGAUAAUGCGCCAGAGAUCGCCGAUCCUCAGGAGGAUGUGGUGAGCGUGCGCGAGGAGCAACCGCCGGGCACUGAGGUGGUUCGCAUACGCGCAAUAGAUCGGGAUAAUGGCCAAAACGCAUCCAUCACAUAUUCCAUACUGAAGGGACGGGACUCGGAUGGCUUCGGGCUGUUUGGCAUCGAUGCCAAUACUGGUGUCAUACGCACGCGUGUGGUUCUGGAUCAUGAGGAGCGAAGCAUUUAUCGCCUGGCCGUGGCAGCCACAGAUGGCGGCAAUCCGCCAAAGCAAACGCUGCGCAUGCUCAGAGUGGAGGUGUUGGAUCUCAACGAUAAUCGACCGACGUUCACCAGCUCCAGUUUAGUGUUCCGGGUACGCGAGGAUGCGAACGUGGGCCAAGUGGUUGGUUCUUUGGCACCCAACGAACGCGCCGAGCAGUCGCGCACCCUGGAUAGUCAGCUAUUUGUUACCUAUACGCUCAAUCCUCUGACCAAGGACGCCAUUGAGGGUGCUUUCGACAUAGAUCGCCAUACGGGUAGUUUGGUGGUAGCUCGUCAAUUGGAUCGUGAAUUGCAGUCGGAGUUUCGCUUGGAAAUACGCGCCUUGGAUACUACAGCCAGCAAUAACCCACAGAGCAGCGCCAUCACCGUCAAGAUAGAAAUUGCUGAUGUGAAUGAUAAUGCGCCAACAUGGGCCCAGGACCCCAUUGACUUGCGAGUGCGCGAGGAUAUGCCUGUGGGUGAGAUUAUAUACAACUUCACGGCAAGCGAUGCGGAUACGGGCACGAAUGGAGAGUUGCAAUACAAAUUGCUGCGUUAUACGCCGAAUCUGAACGACAGCAUCGAACAGUUCGCUGUGGAUGCGCACACGGGGUCGCUUAGCUUGCUCGCUCCUCUAGACUACGAGUCGAUCGAGAAGUACAUCCUCAUUGUGCAGGCAUUGGACCAGUCCUCGAAUGUCACUGAACGCCUGCAAACCUCUGUGACGGUGCGUCUGCAGGUUACCGAUGCCAACGAUAAUGCCCCGAAGUUCGUGGCACCUGCCACAAAUGGAGCCAAGGCGGCCUCAAUUUAUCUCAGCGAUGGCAUGCGCAUUGGGGAACUGGUGGCACACAUCGUGGCCAUCGAUCCCGAUGCUGGCGACAAUGGACGAAUUAGUUAUGACAUUGUCAGUGGCAACAGUGGCGGACACUUUCAUAUCAACAGUCAGACAGGAAUCAUCGAGCUGGCCAAGACGUUGCCGCCGGCCAGCGAUGCCGAAUCGCACAGCCGCUUCAGUCUCGUGAUAAGCGCUAGUGAUCAUGGCGCACCGGUGCCCAAGAAAACGCUGCUCACACUUCAGCUGCUCGUCCAGGGCAGUCACAACAACCCGCCACGCUUCGGGCAGUCUGUGUAUGAGGCCACCAUAUUGGAGAAUACGCCCAGCGGUAGCUUUGUGCUGCAGGUGACGGCUAAAGCAUUUCAUGGCGAGAGUGCCAAUCUCAGCUACGAGCUGCCACCCGGCGCGGCCGAUAAUCAUUUUCAUGUGGACUGGCAGCGCGGUAUUGUGACCACACGCGGUCAAUUCGAUCGUGAGCUGCAGGCCCGCUACACGCUACCCAUCUAUGUGCGCGAUCUGAAUCGGUUGGCCAGCAGUUCGCAGGCAGCUGCUGCUCGCAAGCAACGCUCCUCGGCGGGUCAGGCAACGAAUGGACAAUUCGAUAUAGCCACAAUUGUGAUCACCAUAGGUGAUGUGAACGAUCAUGCACCUGAAUUUCGACCGGGCUCCUGCUACGGUCUGGCCGUGCCCGAAAACAGCGAAAUGUCAGUCAUACACACUGUGGUGGCCACGGAUUUGGAUGAGGGCGCCAAUGCAGAAAUCGUUUACAGCAUAAUCGGUGGCAAUGUGGGCAACAAGUUCAGCAUUGAUGCUCUAACUGGAGCGCUGAGUGCCCGCUCCCUAGAUCGUGAGCAACACACACGCUACACACUACAGCUGCAGGCCUCGGAUCGCGGUCAGCCCACCAGCUAUCAAGGACACUGCAACAUCAGCGUCUUCGUCGAGGAUCAGAAUGAUAAUGAUCCUCGAUUCGAGCUGCCCAAAUAUGUGGCCAGUGUGCCCGAGAACGCGCCCAUUGGCACCAGUGUGGUGCGCAUCAAGGCUAGCGACGCAGAUUUGGGCGCCAAUGCCCGCCUCAUCUAUGCUCUGGCGAACGAGACUCAGUGGCAAUUUGCCAUUGACAGCAAGAGCGGCGUCAUCACGACUGUCGGCCAACUGGAUCGGGAGAUACAGCCCAGCUUCAACUUUAUGGUGUUCGCCCACGAUGGUGGUCGGUAUGAGGUACGCUCUGCCAAUGUGGCCGUGCAAAUCAAUGUGGACGAUGUGAACGACAAUCGACCCAUUUUCGAACGCUACCCGUACCAAGCACAGGUGCAACCCCUCAUACAGCCCGGGCAGAUGCUGGUCCAGGUACAGGCCCAUGAUGCGGACCUGGGCCCAAGCGGUGAGGUGCUAUAUGCCCUCAAAGUGGACAGCACACUUAGCACAGCGACCACUCGAAGUAAAUUCCGCAUUAAUCCGAACACUGGAGUUCUAAGUGCCACCCAAAGUUUGGCCAGCGAAGCCGGUCGUUUGCUGCAACUAGAGGUGAUAGCCAGGGACAAGGGUAACCCGCCACAGAGCUCAGUAGGACUAAUCGAACUGUUGGUCGGGGAGCUUCCCAGCGAACUGCCUGAGCUGCGUUUCCAAAAUGAAACCUAUCGCGUAAAGCUGCGCGAGAACUCGCCAGCGGGCACUCGACUCUUGCAAGUAAAUGCUCUACGAAGUGACGGUCGUAAGCAGAAAAUGAGUUUCUCCAUUGGUGCGGGCAACGAGGAUGGCAUAUUUUCCAUCGAUGCUCUCAGCGGUGAGCUGCGAGUGGCCAAUGCAGCAUUGCUGGACUUCGAUCGCUAUACGAUUGCUACCCUCGCGGAUAACAGUCGGGCUCGUGCUAUGCAUUAUGAGGAGGAGGUUUUGGAGCAUGCAGAACCAGAAACGAAUGCCAGCAGCACGAGAGGUGAGCGCGCCCUGCAUGGCAACUCCUUCGCUCUGACCAACAAACAGCCCAAUGAGCUCCAUCUGGUUCUGGUGGCCAAAAGCGCAGAUUCUCCCCUGCUCACCUGCUAUUCGGAACUAAUUGUGGAGCUGGAAGAUGAGAAUGACAAUAGUCCACAAUUCUCGCAGAAACAGUUUGUGGCCACAGCCUGGGAGGGCAAGAGCAAAGGCACCUUUGUAGUGCAGGUGACGGCCUAUGAUUUGGAUGCCGAGGCAAAUGCGCGUCUACGCUAUCACAUUGUGGAUGGCAAUCAUGACAAUGCCUUUGUCAUUGAGCCCGCCUUCAGUGGCAUUGUAAAGACAAAUAUUGUACUGGAUCGGGAGAUACGCGACGUGUAUAGCCUGAAGGUUAUUGCAACGGAUGAGGGUGUGCCACAGCUGACAGGCACAGCAACCAUACAUGUGCAAAUUGUGGAUGUUAAUGACAAUCAGCCCACGUUUCCACCCAACAAUAUGGUCAGCGUUAGUGAGGGCACAGAGCUGGGCACGGUAAUCGCCUCAAUUUCUGCCAACGAUGUGGACACCUUUCCAACGCUAACAUAUCGUCUGGGGGCCGACUCCCGCAUCGAAGAGGAGCAAUUAGAGAUCUUUUCCAUUGAUCGCUACAACGGAAAAGUUGUGCUCAAACGACACUUGGACUACGAACUACAGCAGGAGCAUCAACUGCAGAUUAUAGCCUCGGACGAGGCGCACGAAGCACGCACAAUGCUCACCUUGCGGGUGGGCGAUGAGAAUGACAAUGCACCCAUGUUCCAAGCACAAAAUCCGCCUGCCUACUUUGCCAUACUGCCGGCCGUUUCCACAGAUCAGCUUGAUGGCUUGUCCACCACGGAUAUAGAGUUGUUGCAAGUAAAUGCCACGGAUGCGGACGCCGAGGGUCGCAACUCGGAGAUACGAUACAGCAUUGCACCACCGUUGUCGGGAUUCAGCGUGCACCCGAAAACGGGCAUAGUGUCUGUGAAUAUGAGCAGCUUGUCAAGCACUGGAGUAUCCGGCAGCGGGGACUACUUUAUGCAGCUGUUGGCUCAGGAUGCUGGCAAGCCGCAGCUACGAGGCGCCACAACUUUGCGCGUACAACCAAGUGGCAAUGAUGCCGCGCACGUACAGUUUCUGCAGACCCAGUAUCGGGCACAAAUCGACGAAGAUGCGAUGUUGGGCACUGUGGUCCUUCAGCUUAGCAAAGAUGUGUUGGAUAGCAGCGCCGAUUUGGGCAACGCUGUGUUCAGCAUUGUUGCUGGCAACGAGGAUGGCGUCUUCGAGCUCUAUCAGUCAAAGGCCAUUGUGUUGGUUAAGCCACUAGAUCGCGAACGCAAUGAUCUCUACAAGUUGCGUUUGGUCUUGAUUGACUCACAGCAGCAACAACAGCAGCAGCAACAGCAACUAUCCGGGAAUGGUGGCAACUCUAGUGCGGCGGCAAUCGAUGUCUUUGUCACUGUCCUAGAUGCGAACGAUAAUGCACCCGAGUUUGAUCCCAGUGGCAAAUACGAGGCCAAUAUUAGCGAGUUGGCGCCGCUACGUUACUCGAUUGCCCAACUGCUGGCAAUAGACGAGGAUCAAGAGAACACACCCAAUUCAGAGGUGGUCUAUGACAUUACUUCGGGCAAUGAUGAGCAUAUGUUUACCAUUGACUUGGUCAGCGGUGUGUUGUUUGUAAACAAUAAGCUGGACUUUGAUACGGGUGCCAAGAGCUACGAGCUAAUUAUACGUGCCUGUGACAGCGCUCCACAGCCUCUGUGCAGUCUGAAAACGUUCCGGUUGCAGCUGCACGAUGAGAACGACAAUGCGCCCCAUUUCCCCUUGGCCGAAUAUGUGGAGUUUGUGGGUGAAAACGAGCCGGUGGGCACUUCAGUGUUUACGGCGCGUGCAAGUGAUUUGGAUCGCGGCCCCUUUGGACGUCUUAACUACAGCAUUGUGGAGGGCAAGAGCGAUGACAUCUCUUGGAAGCUGUUCCGCGUAGACCCACAAACAGGCAUUGUCACCUCGCUGGCAGUGUUUGACUAUGAGCAGCGAUCGCGGUACGAUUUCCAGCUGCACGCCAGCGAUGUGGGGGGACAGGAGGCGCGGGUGCGCGUGCGCAUUCAAAUCGACUCUCGGGACGAGUACACGCCACAGUUCACGGAGCGCACAUAUCGCUUUGUGCUGCCAACGCCAUCGGCAGCUGCCUCAGGUUACCUGCCGCUUGGUUUUGUUGUGGGCCGCGUCACGGCCACAGAUGCAGAUAGGGGGCCAGAUGGACGUGUUGUCUACCAAUUAAGCGCACCGCAUGCAUACUUUAAGGUCAAUCGCACCAAUGGUGCGGUUCUCAUCAAACGAAAGCUGGACGACAACUUCGAUGACGGCCGCGAUAUCAGUUUGGUCAUCUCGGCCUCGUCGGGCCGGCAGAAUUCGCUGACGAACAUGACGGUGGUGGAGAUUUCUUUGGACCCGCUAGCGGACCCUGGCACCAAUUUGGCCAGCACCAUCGGCAUUGGCGGGGGCGGUGCAAGCGGCGGCUCUCUAAGCGACUGGGCCUUGGGCCUCCUCAUUGCUUUCCUGCUUGUACUAUGCGCCGCCGCUGGCAUUUUCCUAUUUGUGCACAUGCGCAGCCGAAAGCCCCGCAAUGUGGUGAAGCCGCGCCUAAGCAGCGAUACAGUGGGAAAUUCGAACAGCUAUGUGGACCCCAGUGCCUUCGACACCAUUCCAAUGCGUGGCGGUGGCGUGGGUGUGGGCGCCAACGCUGUUACGGGCGGCGGCAGUGGAGCAGGCGUGGCUACUGGACAAUUUGCACCACCUAAGUACGAUGAAAUACCACCCUAUGGGCCACACGCUGGCAGCUCCAAUUCGGGCGCUGCCACGACCUCAGAGCUUUCCGGCUCCGAGCAGUCGGGCUCAAGUGGACGCGGCUCGGCGGAGGACGACGGCGAAGAUGAAGAAAUCCGCAUGAUCAACGAGGGUGGCCCACUGCAUCAUAGAGCUGGUGCUGCGGGCAGCGGUAGCGACGAUGGACGCAUUUCGGAUAUAUCUGUUCAGAACACACAGGAGUACUUGGCACGCCUGGGCAUUGUGGAUCACGAUCCCAAUGGUGGUGCGUCGAAUUCCUCUCGCCACUGCUCUGAGAGCAUGGCGGGCUCCAACAAGGAAUCCCACAUACACCACCCCCUGCCCAUGCCCAUGCACAUGUUCGAUGAAGACGCCACAGCGCGCUCGGACAUUACGAAUCUGAUAUACGCGAAGCUAAAUGAUGUGACCGGAGCCGCCUCGGAUCGGGGCAGCAGUGCGGAUGAUGCAGCAACUACUGCGGGCAGCAUUGGCACCGCCGUCGAUCAUGUCAUUGGCUAUGGCGAAGUGCCUGUGGUUGUGGGCGGCAACAAUGUGGGCCCACCGAUGAAUGGCUCCCUCAGCUCGAUUGUGCACAGCGAGGAGGUGCUGGCGGGCAGCUACAAUUGGGACUAUCUGCUCGAUUGGGGACCCCAGUACCAGCCGCUGGCGCAUGUAUUCUCGGAGAUAGCAAGACUGAAAGACGACACCAUGUCCGUGCACAGUGGCCAUAGUGGUGCGUCGUCCAGCGCCAAAAGCAAGCAAUCGUUGGCGGGCAGUGUGGUGCUGAAACCACAUAUACCACCGCCCCUGCUUACGAAUGUGGCGCCGCGGGCCAUCAACUUGCCAGUAUUAGGAAAUGGUGCCGCUCUCCGGCUACCACCCGGCGCAGCACAUCAUCUUAGCAUGAAUGGCAACAAUCUGAUGCCCCGCUCACCCAUUAGUCAUGACGCAACGACCGGGUUCAGCACCUCAUCGGCCAUGUCACCCAGCUUCUCGCCUUCGCUAUCCCCGCUGGCCACCCGCUCGCCAUCCAUUUCGCCCCUGGGUGGUCCGACGACGACGCACCAUAUGGUUUCGAUGCCCCGACAUGCGCCGCAACCAAGUCAACGCAACAAUGUGGGAACGCGCAUGUAGCAGGGACGCCAGCCCAGAGAAAACGCCAAAACCGUGAUCACAUUUAAUA